GCCCCUCUGUCGUGAUGGCCUCGUCGCCUCUCCUGCCGUUCCUGCCUCUGCUGCUGCUGCUGCUGCUGGAAGUCCCCGCGGCAGCGCCGGCGUCCCCGCUGCAGUCACUCCUCCAGGGGGCGGCCCCCUGCAAGGCCGGUGAGCCAUGCCUGCAGAGGCCCGUGGGGAAGUCUGACCCUCCACCUGUCAAUGUGAACCUCUACUAUGAGUCCCUGUGCAACGGCUGCCGGUACUUCCUAGUCCGAGAGCUCUUCCCCACGUGGCUGAUGGUCUGGGAAAUCCUCAAUGUCACAUUGGUGCCCUAUGGAAACGCCCAGGAACAAAAUGUCAGCGGCAGGUGGGAAUUUACGUGCCAGCACGGCGAGCAGGAGUGCAAGAUGAACAAGGUGGAGGCCUGCCUUUUGGACAAGCUGGAGAAGAACAUGGCCUUUCUGACCAUUGUCUGCAUAGAGGAACUGGAUGACAUGGAGAAAAAUCUGGAACCAUGCCUACAGAUCUAUGCUCCAAAAGUAUCCCCAGACUCUAUCAUGGAGUGUGCAAUGGGGGACCGUGGCAUGCAGCUCUUACACAUUAAUGCCCAACUCACAGAUGCUCUGAAGCCACCCCAUGAAUAUGUGCCCUGGGUCGUCGUCAAUGGGAAACCUAUGACAGAGAAGGACCAGCUCUUACGCCUCGUCUGCCAGUUGUACGAGGGUGAGAAGCCGGAUGUCUGCCAAAUCUUGGCCAGUUCCCACAAGGAAGUCUGCUUCAAGUGACAGCUGGUGCCCUGAGAGAGAGCUAAUACAGGAAGAGCAAGAUCCCACCUGCCCUCAUUUUCUGAUCCCUGACUCUCAGCAACCACUACUCAUCAUCCAGAUGAUGUCUACACGUUCCACAAAGCCCAGACUCAAAAUUCUGCCCCAAGGUCAAGAAUCUUGCCCACUGAGAAUGGUGCUACAUUGAAACUUGUUUAAUAAACACUUUGAGAUGUUGUGAUUCAUUUGAUAA